UUGAAGCCCCGGAGAAGAAACCUCGGCAAAGCAUAUCGACAAAACAAGAGAAAUACAUCAUUUUCAACGGGAGAAGAAAUCGUCUAGAGACUAUUUAUUCAUUUUGUGCAUAUUUUCAACAUCCUCUAUUAACAAUGCUUCAGAAGACCGGACUUCUCGCGCUGCUCGCGCUCAUUGUGUCUGCCUACGAACUGGAUCAGAACGAGUCUUUCUCUCCCAGGAGAACACGCGUCUCCGCUAACAGCCCUUCAGACGUGGCACGCUGCCUGAACAGCGCCCUACAGGUGGGCUGUGGUGCCUUUGCCUGUCUGGAGAACUCAACCUGUGACACAGAUGGAAUGCAUGACAUCUGCAAGUCCUUCCUCUACAGCGCUGCUAAAUUUGACACUCAGGGCAAGGCCUUUGUGAAGGAGAGCCUCAAGUGCAUAGCCAAUGGCAUCACCUCUAAGGUCUUCCUCACCAUCCGCCGCUGCUCCACUUUCCAGAGGAUGAUCUCUGAGGUGCAGGAGGAGUGCUACAGCAAGCUGGACAUCUGCACUGUGGCCCGCUCCAACCCCGAGGCCAUCGGUGAGGUGGCUCAGCUGCCUAGCCACUUCCCCAACAGGUUCUACAGUAAGCUCCUGCAGAGCCUGAUGGAGUGUGACGAGGAGACAGUGGACCUGGUGAGGGCCAGUCUGGUGUCCAGACUGGGGCCAGAGAUGGCCAUGCUCUUCCAGCUGCUGCAGAGCAAGCCGUGCCCCUCGGUGCCGGCCGCAGUGCCGGCUGGAAUGGAGGGCCGCGGAGGCUGGCGAUGGCCUAUGAGUCCCCAUAUGUUCAAGACCCAGCCUAACCUGCGCAACAGGGACUCCUCCAAUCUCUUCCCCAAGAAGCGUACCACUGGUGACAGCUCUUAAUACCCACACAAAUCUAGAAAUUACAUUCACUACAACUCCUGCAAAAACAAAUGACGUUCUCUUCCCUUGUGUGUGAGGGCCAUGUCCUUUCACGCUGGGGGACAAAAAACAUGCCCUGGAGUAAAAGCUGCUUGCAUGUCAGGUAUCUUUGACUUCUUAAUAUGAAUACAUCCGUUGAACAUCUGAAUGCUUAUGUGUAUUUUACUCAUUGUUCAACUGAUGUAUUCAAAUAUGAAACAGU